GUAACUCCCAUUAAUUUCUCCUCCAAAUCCUUGCGAAGAUUUUGUUGGAAGAUUUUUCAUGAUUUUCUCCAAUAUACAAUCGUAUAUGGCAGUAAAAUCGUGAUUUCAGGUUCUUCGAUUUCUCCGUCUAAUCCUGCAUUCCUUCAAAUCUGCAUGUAGAUUUUGCUAGACUUUUUCCUUGAUUAUUAGUGAUUUUCAGAGAUCUUCGAUCAAAAGUAAGAGAAAAACACUGAUUUCGAUUCAAUUCUAUUUAAUGGAAGUUUAUCCUAUAUACAUUCAACAUAGUGGUGAAUAGAAUUCUGAAAAUAAUUUUGUCAAUUUUGUUGGGGAUUUUGUUGUUAUCGAAUCUAGUUUCAAUUUUGAAAACUUAGUUGCAGCAAUUUCAAAACAAAUCCGGGUUGAUUCUGAAUUGAAUAUCAUAGAGAUCAAGUUCAUUCCGAAGGAUGGUUUACUGCCUAUGUUAAUUCACAAUGACACUGGUGUAGCCGUUGUGUAUAACAGUGAAGAAGGUGUCAAUUGGUGCUGGUUGUUCGGGUAGUAAUUUGCCUGCUACAAAUUCAGUGGGCUUAGGUAGAGGUGGACUUAUACAAGAGAUUGAUGAUGCAUAUACAAUAGAUAUGAUUGAGUUUGAGAAUGAUGAAAUUGAUGAUGAGCAUGAUGAAGGAGUUAGUGAAACUGAAAACAAUGAUUGAGGUAUAAUAGAAAACGUUUUACACAAAAAUGUUGCGGAGGAUAAAAUUUACAUAAACAAGGAGACACUUGCUAGUGUAAGGAAAAACUAUGCCCUGAGCAAGAAGUUCAAGUUUAAGGUGAAGAGAUCAAGUGCAACAAGGUAUGGUAUAAAAUUGUAUAUUCUGUAUUUGUAUAAUUGAAUAGUGCGUAUGUUGAUAGAGUGAUUCGUGUACUGUAUGUAUGUGCUUUGUGGAUAUGUUUAUGGAUAUUUGUGUAUAAAUUUGUAUUAAGAAGUUUCAAUUAUUUACUACUAGGUAUCACCUUUCUUGUGUGGAUGAGAAUUGUGAUUGGAGUUUCAAAUCUUCUGCCGUGCACAUGGGAAAAAUAUUCAAAGUGAGGCAUUUCAAUAAUGUUCAUACAUGUUCGUUUUCUGAAAGAUACUUAAUGCAACGUCAAGCUACUUCGGUUGUAGUUUCUGGUUUUGUUGUGGAUAAACUUUCUGAUCCAAAAAGCUAAUACACUCCAAAGGAUAUACUAAGUGACAUGCAACAGGAGCACUGCGUUAAGUUGAACUAUAUGAAAGUGUGGAGAGCUAAAGAAAAGGCAAUGGAAAUAAUAAGAGGGAAACCUAGUGUAUCUUAUGGGGAGUUGCUGUCAUACUUGUAUAUGUUGGAGUACACAAAUCCAGAAACGGUUACAAGAUUGUAUAAGUCGGAUGAGGGACGCUUCCUUUAUGCAUUUGUUUCCCUGUAUUCAUCUAUCAAGGGUUGGGAAUAUUGUAGGCCAAUAAUGGUGGUUGAUGGGAGCUUUCUCAAAGCAGCAUAUAAGGGGACUAUUUUGACUACUUGCAUACUGGACGCAGCUGGUAUCACCUUUCUUGUGUGGAUGAGAAUUGUGAUUGGAGUUUCAAAUCUUCUGCCGUGCACAUGGUAAAAAUAUUCAAAGUGAGGCAUUUCAAUAAUGUUCAUACAUGUUCGUUUUCUGAAAAAUACUUAAUGCAACGUCAAGCUACUUCAGUUGUAGUUUCUGAUUUUGUUGUGGAUAAACUUUCUGAUCCAAAAAGAUAAUACACUCCAAAGGAUAUACUAAGUGACAUGCAACAGGAGCACCGCGUUAAGUUGAACUAUAUGAAAGUGUUGAGAGCUAAAGAAAAGGCAAUGGAAAUAAUAAGAGGGAAACCUAGUGUAUCUUAUGGGGAGUUGCUGUCAUACUUGUAUAUGUUGGAGUACACAAAUCCAGAAACAGUUACAAGGUUGCAUAAGUCGGAUGAGGGACACUUCCUUUAUGCAUUUGUUUCCCUGUAUUCAUCUAUCAAGGGUUGGGAAUAUUGUAGGCCAAUAAUGGUGGUUGAUGGGAGCUUUCUCAAAGCAGCAUAUAGGGGGACUAUUUUGACUACUUGCAUACUGGACGCAGCUGGGAAUAUCUUACCGCUAGCCUAUGCACUUGUCGACUCAGAAAAUGAUGCAUCUUGGGGAUGGUUCUUCAUGCAACUGAAGAAUACUUUUAGGGUUCGGGAAGGAAUGUGUAUUAUUUCGGAUAGACAUGAUAGCAUUCAGAAUGCAACAUCAACUGCUUACCCGGAAGUGCCUCAUUGUUUUUGCAUCUACCAUUUGUGGAACAAUGUCAAGGCACUAUUCAGGAAAAAUAAGGAAAAAGGGAGACCGAUCUUUUUUGCUUUGGCUAAGGCUUACACCACUGAAAGGUUUGAACGCUACAUCAACGAAUUGAAUAAAAUUGAUCGGCGAGUGCAGCCAGCCUUACUUGUUUAAUGUUGGGUAUGAACAGUGGUCUAGAGUAAUCUGUAGAGUGAAAAGGACAAUUUUCAUGACAUCCGAUAUCGCUGAGUCAAUGAAUUCGACAAACAAUUUGCAAGAGAGCUUCUAGUAGGACGCUUGCUGGAGCUUUUGACAAAGUUGAUGACACAAUAGAGCUACGAAAAUAAGAAACGUGCAACGGAGUCUACAGAGCUUGGCAAAAUGUACAACAAGAUGUUGAAGAAAAAUAUGAUUGCAUCACAGAACACGACGGUAAAAACUUGAGUAUAAUAUUUCAUUGUAUUACUGAAUUGCAUCCAUAAUAACUGUCUUUUGUUUUCUUGAAAAAACUG